AUGAAGAUACCAGUUGCAAUUUUUUCCCUUGUAUCCGCCGCAACUGCCAUUCAAAUCGGAGUUCCGGCCGCAUCGAGUUACAUCUACAGAAAUGAUCACAACGGUCCUGCGAGCCUUAUUCAGUUGGGAGGGAAUUAUGAACUUCCUAUUGCGCCGGUGAAAGCCUUCGAAGCUUAUGAUCUAGCUCCACUUCCAUUACCUUAUAUCGCGGCUAAGCCCAUUGCUAUAGAAGAUGCUGAAGAAGAUUCCGAAGAAUCAGAUGAAGGAAUUGCACUUGGACAUGAAGGCGCCGCUGGCAGUGAUUUCGAAGAAGAGCAUCAUAAAGCUCACGGCGAAAAGGGAAGCAAAGGAUAUCAUUCUAAAGGACAUUUUGCAAAGGGGCAGUCCGGCAGCUACGGCGAAGCUCACAACGAAGGCCAUCACAGCGAAGGUAGCGGAGAAAAAGGGGCCCAUCAUGAUGAAGCUGACGCGUUUGGAAAGCACCACAAAGCGGGAAAGCACUAUAAAGGUGAAGACCAUGGACACAAGAAAUAUCACAGCAAGGGUGAGGAUAUAACCGGAUACCAUAAAGUAUUUAACAAGGAUGAAUUCAAAAAAGAUCACGACUUCUACGAUGUAGCCGAUAACAGCGGCCAUUAUAACAAACAUGGUUCUGAGAAGAAACACUUCAGCGAGGAAGAGGGAGGCCACGCUGAAGGUGCUAAAGGAUCGGCCGGAUAUGAUAAGGGUGACUUUGGAAAAUCAGGUUACCAUAACAAGGGUCAUGUAGAUGAUGCUGACUCUGAACACGAAAGCAAGGAAGGCGAUGAGAGUCACUACAAUCACCAUGAGGGAUACGGCAAAAAGGGGGGAAACAAUCACGAGAAAGAAUACGAAUAUGAAGACGUUGACCACGAAGACGACGAAUGA